UAUGUCCUUCGUUCACAGGAAAAAAUAAAAAUAAAAAAAUAAAAAAAAAGAAAGAAAGAAGGAAAGAAAGAGAGAGAGAGAGAGAGAGAGAGAGAGUAUGGAGCAGAUUGAGCAGAAGAAGAGGCUCCAAGAAGCAGCAAUCAAGGGGAACACACAAUUAUUGCAUGAAAUACUUGCACAUAAUCCACUGAUUCUUGAUAGACUAAUAGCGGGUUGUGAUUUCGAUGAGACUCCUCUUCAUGCAGCCGCAUUGCACGGCCAUAUUGAUUUCACAACACAACUCCUGGAUCUAAAUUCAGAGCUUGCUGAAGUUUUAGAUUCAACAAGAUCGUCGCCUCUUCACUUGGCAUCGGCUAAAGGGCACAUCGAUAUUGUAAAAGUAUUAGUACAAGCUGCACCUAACAUGUGUACUGCUCCAAAUAGAGAUGGUUUGAAUCCACUGCAUCUUGCAGCCAUGAACGGAAAGGUCGAGGUCAUGAGAGAGUUGCUUCAAACCAGCCCCCGAGCAGCUACAGCCACGGUGGACCAGGGUCACGGUGAGACCAUACUACAUCUAUGCGUCAAGUAUCAUCAAAUGGAGGCUCUUGAUCUAUUAGUCCACACACUCAAAGAUGAGAUUCAGGGUUUUAUAAAUGCCACAGAUGACUACGGCAACACCGUAUUACAUCUAGCAGUCACAAAUAAACAUAUCCAGACAGUACAACAUCUACUCACGAUUGACAAAAUAGAUGUAAAUGCAAAAAAUAUAAAUGGAUAUACAGCAUUGGACAUUCUAGCUCAAAGUCGAAGAGGAGUGCAAGAUUGGGACAUUCAAAACUCCCUCAAACAAGCUGGAGCCUUAAAAGCUGCUGACAAUCAGGGUGAGUGGCUUGCGAAGAAAAGGGAUGCAUUAAUGGUGGUGGCAUCACUUCUCGCAACGAUAGCUUUCCAAGCAGGGGUAAGCCCUCCAGGUGGUGUUUGGCAAAAUGAUUCACCUGAAGGUUCACUAGACCCGCAUAGAACUGGAGAAGCUGUGGCUGCCUAUACUUAUCCAGAGUCAUAUCAAUUUUAUCUGCGUGCCAACACGAUAAGUUUUGUUGCAUCUCUGAGCACAAUUUUGCUGCUCAUAAGCGGAUUACCCUUGAAGCGCAAGAAUUUUAUGAGGAUUUUGACGACGAUCAUGUGUUUGUCAAUUACAUCUAUAGCAUUUUCUUAUGCAUUUUCAUUGGUUGCAGUCACUCCAAAGACACACAGGGUAUCACUGCGUCGCACAUUGUAUGUUGCAGUUCCAGUGUGGUGUGGAGUGAUGGUGAUUUUGCUCCUCGCGCACACAAUUCAAUUGACACUAAGGUGGUUGAAACACAAGAAUUGGAAAUCAGCCAUAGAAAACUGUCAAAUUAAGUUCUGGGUAAAGGAUGCCAAUAGCUACGAAGAAGUUCAGAUGACCUAGAGAGCUUGGAUAUGUGCUUGACAUUCUUUCUCCUUCUCUCUACAACUCUGAAAAGGCCCAGUGUGCCAAUGUGUGUGUUCUCUAGUAAUGUUUGUUUGAUUUGCUUUUGUAAGAUAAUGACAUGCCUAGUACUCCUACUAGGUAAUUAUGAUAUUCCAAACAAGUGUUGGUGUGGCAACAAGGUUCUGUGCCGUGACAAUUCGAUUUGGAUGUGUUUUAUCAUAUCAUGCCUCAUUAUCAUUCUA